AUGCAACAACAAUUAACCGAAACAAAUCAAAAUGCCAUUGAAGAGUGUGAAAUCAUGAAUUCCAUCUAUCCAUCUAGUGUCAAAGAAAUCCGACCAAAUGAAUUUCUUUUGACGAUUCCAAUCUCUUCAAGCGAGACAGAAGUAACACUUCUUCCUUCAUCACUUGAUGUUCCAAGACGAUAUAUGAACAAACAAACAGUCGUAAUCAAUGACUUGCCCGAUGUCCAAGUUUUAGUUUCAUAUGUCAAUUUACGCCCUGUUUUUCAAAUCCAAGGGAUAUGGCUUUCCCUUCAAAAUUUGAUUGAUAUCACAACGAGUGUUGAAGAGCAAUUUUCACAGUAUGACAGUUCAGGGCUCUUUCUUGCACUUUAUACGACCAUCACCGACUUCCCCCACGACCAUUUAGUCAUUCAAAAUUUGCCUCCAUUUCCAAUACCAAUUUCUGAGAAACAAAAAGUGAUUUUAGAACACGCCGUUCUCUCCGAAAAGUCCAUUUUUGAGAGUCAAAAUUCAGUGAGUUGUCCGGUGUGUUACGAAGAUUUGCCACCUUCAGACUUCGUCCAAAUCUCCAAUUGUGGCGACCGCAUUUGCAAGAAGUGUAUGAUUGAUGGUCUUAAUAUGGCGGUGAACACUGGCAGUCACUUGUUAUGUCCCUUCACCAAUUGCCGAGCCGAAAUCUUGUCAUGGGAACUUCGUGGUAUUUGUGAUCCCGAAUUAGUCUUAAAGUAUGAGAAGCAACUGACACUUCUAUUUGUCCAAAAAGGAGGAGAAAGUCUUAGUUGUCCGUUUUGUAAGAGUGGAGGGAUUUUAGUCGACAAAGAAGUCUUCACUCAUCCGACGCCAAUUAAGUGCCCCAUUUGCCAGUCGGUAUUUUGUUCUGUUUGUUUGCAGGGAAAUCACGUUGGGAGUUGUUAUGGCAAAGACACAAAAAAAGAGGAAAAAGAAGACAAAGAAGAAAUUCAUCAAAAUGUCGACCGGCCGUGGUUCAAUGCAAAGUAUUUUAGAAGCCAAAAGUACAGGAAAAUAGUCCAAGAAUCUAUUGAAUUUGGAGGAAUUAAAAAAUGCCCAAGGUGUCGCGCACCUGUUUUGAAGAGUUAUGGAUGUAACAAAAUCACAUGCAUUUGUGGGGCGUAUUUCUGUUACUUGUGUGGAAAGGAAAUCAGCGGAUAUAACCAUUUUGGGAAUGGAUGUCCACUCUUCACCGAAAAUUCACUGCGAGAAGAUUCAUUCAUUCAAGUUGAUUUUAACAAAAAGGAUCUCAAUAAAUACUUCAAAAAUAAGGACGAAUUCCCUUUUGUCUGUCAAUGUGGUAAUGUUGUGAUAACUGGUAUCAAUUCCUUAGUCAUUGUGUGUAACAAGUGUAACACUGUGAGGUGCAGACACUGCACCACAUUGAACCCAAGUAGAGAACAUUUGAAAAGCGCAUUAAAAGAGGAAGAUUUUAUUGGAUAUUAUGUCUCACACGACGUUUGGAAAAUAACCAACAAAACUCAGGACACUGAAAUAUAA